CUAAAAGAAAACAAGGAAAAAUCAAGCACGACAAGUCUGAGUGUGUAUGGUGUGAGAGAGAGACCACAUUCAUGUAAUCAUUACCUACAUUCAGAUAUUCCACAAAAAUGGACAAACAUAAAUCGGACCCACACACCAUCAACCCAACCCCUACCAUUCAUUCUCAAUCUUUCCUUUUUUAUCUUCAUUUCCUGUUUCUUCAUAUAUAGCAGAAACCUUUGGGAAUUAGACAGGAAGAGCACAUAAUGAUGACCAAAAACUCUAUCGAAUUCGAUCCUUACAUCGAGCGUAAAGCUUUCGACGAAACAAAACAAGGUGUGAAAGGCCUCGUCGACGCUAAAAUCACUGAAGUUCCUCGUAUCUUCCACCACCGUCAAGAUAUCUUAACCAACAAGAAACCUUCUGCUUCGGUAUCAGACCUAGAGAUCCCUAUCAUCGACUUUGCAAGCGUCCACGCGGACACAGCCUCACGUGAAGCCAUCGUAGAGAAAGUCAAAUAUGCGGUGGAGAAUUGGGGAUUCUUCCAGGUUAUCAAUCAUAGUAUUCCUUUAAACGUUCUUGAAGAGAUUAAAGAUGGGGUUCGUAGGUUUCACGAGGAAGAUCCUGAGGUCAAGAAAUCAUUCUUCUCGCGUGAUGCCGGCAACAAAAAAUUUGUAUACAACAGUAACUUCGAUCUAUACAGUUCUUCGCCGUCUGUUAAUUGGAGAGAUUCUUUCUCUUGUUACAUAGCUCCAGAUCCUCCAGCUCCUGAGGAGAUCCCUGAGACUUGCAGGGAUGCUAUGUUUGAAUACUCAAAGCAUGUGUUGAGUUUCGGUGGUUUACUAUUUGAGCUUCUCUCAGAAGCACUUGGUUUGAAAUCUCAGACCCUUGAGAGCAUGGAUUGCGUGAAGACUUUGCUUAUGAUCUGCCAUUAUUACCCACCUUGUCCACAACCUGACCUAACGUUAGGGAUAACGAAACACUCAGAUAACUCCUUCCUCACGCUUCUUCUCCAAGACAACAUUGGUGGUCUUCAAAUUCUUCAUCAAGACUCUUGGGUUGAUGUCUCUCCUAUCCAUGGAGCUCUUGUCGUCAACAUUGGAGAUUUUUUGCAGCUGAUAACGAACGAUAAGUUUGUAAGUGUGGAGCAUAGAGUGCUUGCAAAUAGACAAGGACCAAGGAUUUCAGUAGCUAGCUUUUUCAGCUCAAGUAUGCGUCCAAAUUCCAGAGUUUACGGACCGAUGAAAGAGCUUGUGUCUGAAGAAAACCCUCCAAAAUACAGAGACAUAACCAUAAAAGAGUAUUCAAAAAUAUUUUUUGAGAAAGGUCUCGAUGGAACGUCGCAUCUCUCGAAUAUCAGGAUAUGAAAAACGAAAACGACAGAAAUUUCUUAAUGAGUUUCUUUGCAUCAAUUAUACUGUUUGUUUAUGUCUCUUCAAUAAUCAAACCAAUGCAUGUACCAAAUAUAAGAAAUAAUUGUGUGUGUCGUUGUGUGUAAACUAUGUAUAUCUGUAUAUUCGUUGAGCUACUGUGUAUUUAAAUCUUAUCACUUGUAAAAUGUUAUCAAGUGAUAUUGACCGCAAAGCCACCGCACCAAUCACCCAUACUGUUCCUCAACACCCCUCCAGCUGAAGCUGACCCUGGGUUCCCACGCGAGGCGCCGUCUGUGUUCAGUUUAAACCAGCCCCCCAAAGGAGCCGUCCAGCAAAUUUGUUUCUCCACUGUUAUCACUAUUUACAGGGUUAUAUGCGUAAUUAAAAACUAAUCAGUCCUUAAUAAAACAAAAGUGGCGAAGAAAAAUUCAAUUACG